UUUAAUAUGAGGAUGUGUUACAUUCAUGAAUUUCAUUAAUGCGUUGGUAAAAUUUGCUCAGAACUGUUAGGUUUGAUAAGAAGCAUUGUUAACCUUUAGCAGUAUAUACUGAAAUAAAAAUGCAUUUGUAAAUUUGGUAAGGUUAAAGCCCCCACCGACAAUUCGAAGGAUUACGGUGUUCCGGAUUUCUGUGCAUGUUGUUUAUUUCAUUGAAAUAGUGAAUUAUACAUGUGAAGUAGUUUCUAAUUAUGAGUAACAAAGAAAACAAACCACAGCCAAAAGUUGCCAAGGUUCCUUGCUCCAAACUGAUUCUCAAUAGACAUCAGCCUCUUGUUAAGUCAGUAAAGCAAACUACAAAGCCAGCCUGUAUUAAAAGUGUGACCCAAGGAACAACUCACACUCUUCACACACAGAAACCCAUUGUACGUUCAAGAGAUAAUCAAGACACAAAAGUGACAAUAGAAAAUGUUCCUUGCAUGACAAAGGUGACCCAAGCAUCCAAACCUGUAGAGGUAACCUGUACAAAUGGAAAAAAUCUCCCAUUGAAGGAAGUUCCCGCAGCAGCAAGUCAUUCUAAUGUAAAAUCUGUAUCUCAAAAAACUGUAGGUGUUACGGAGAACAACGCUUGUGCGAAAAAUGAGUCACAAAAACAAAAUGAUAGGAAAAAGUGGACUUUAGCAGACUUUGACAUUGGACGAGCUCUUGGAAAGGGAAAAUUUGGCAAUGUAUACCUUGCGAGAGAAAAGAGUUCUAAAUUUAUUGUUGCCUUAAAGGUUCUAUUCAAAUCCCAGAUUCAGAAAGCAAAUGUUGAACAUCAGCUGAAAAGGGAAAUAGAGAUACAGUCACAUCUGAGACAUCCCUACAUACUAAGGAUGUAUGGUUACUUCCAUGAUGACAGUAGGGUGUAUAUGAUCCUUGAAUUUGCGCCAAAAGGAGAAUUGUUCAAAGAACUUCAAAUACAACCAAACAAAAGAUUUACUGAAGAAAGGACUGCAAAAUACAUUGCACAGAUUGCAGAUGCUCUGAGAUACUGUCACAGUAAGAAAGUAAUUCAUCGAGAUAUAAAGCCAGAAAAUCUGCUGCUUGGUCUUAAUGGAGAAAUAAAGAUAGCAGACUUCGGUUGGUCAGUUCAUUCCCCAUCAUCAAGAAGAGACACAUUGUGUGGUACUUUGGAUUACCUUCCACCAGAAAUGGUCCAGGGUCAGCUGCAUGAUGAAAAGGUUGACUUAUGGAGCCUGGGCGUGUUGUGUUAUGAAUGCCUUGUUGGAAAGCCGCCAUUUGAAGCUGCAACAUAUGAAGAAACCUACCGUAGAAUUGGAAGGGCUGAAUAUUCUUUUCCAUCUCAUGUAUCUGAAGGUGCCAAAGACCUCAUUCGCAGAUUACUUGUAACAAAUUCUUUGCUACGCUUGCCAUUAAAAGACGUUUUGAGUCACGGAUGGAUUGUAAGUAGUGCAGUCAGCAGUAUUGAAAAUAAAUCAUCUUCAGAACAUACACAGAAAUCUACUGUAUAAUGUCACUGUGGUAGAUAAAGUUGCUGUGACCAGUAUUUAGCAUGUUAACCAUAAUAAAGUUUUUGUUAAAAAACAGUGAUAAAUGUUAGCAUGGUUGUGUGAAGAAGUAAAACUUACUAGUUGGCCAAUAUUCAAUAAAAAUUCUAAAAUUUAAGAUUUCUGACUCAGAACCAUGUUUUCUUUUUGCAUAUCCAGUUUGUUAAUCCAGAUUAUUACUACUUCCAAGUGAUGUUUUUAGUCGAUUUGGUUUUAAAAUUUGAAUGUAAGUCUGUUCUCUUGUCUAUGAUGAAGAGAAAAUGGAAGUUGAUGAAUGAGAAAAUUGAAUUUUUCUUCUUAUCCCUUUCUGAUACCAUGUUUGGUUUUUGCUUGGACUAUUCAAAUUUCCGCACCCCAGAAAAUAGGGAACUCAUCUGAGUUCCCUAUUUUAGAAGAAUUAUUGUAUUUAUCAGAAUGUUGAAUGAACUAGGGAACUUAUAUUUGGGAACAAUUACAUUUAAUAGACCAUCUAAUACAAAUUUAAUUUAAUGAUGCAGUAGUCAAAAAUACCACUUUGAAACUUACGUUUAAUAUCAGUGGUGAAAGUGGAUCUAAUUGUCAUUGCUCCUUUCUGUCAUUCUAGAACUGAUAGCUGAAGAUUAUUGUUAAAGACUAGAUGGUUUUGCGUGUGAUACACUUGUAGUCAUAAUAAUGUUUUUCAUUUUCAAACAUAAAAUAACUUUUAAACUGAAUUUCAGAAAGGUAGGAGCACUUAUAUACUGACAUUUGGAAAUUAUACAUUUACUUGUCUUUUAUAACAUUUCUUCCUGUGCCUUAAACCCCUUACCUGUACAUUUUUGGUUUGAUCUUCCCACGCAUUUGUUUUGUGUUCACCAUCAUAAGCUCACUCACAGUACUUCUACAUUCUAAGGCAUUUUGUAAGUGUACUCAGCACUCAUUACAUUGAUGUGCAACCUCUGGCUUUGGCGGUUUUUAUGCCACAAUUUACCUAUUGGGCUAUAAAAUUCAUAGUCACCUUACAGUUACUGUGGUCAACCACAGGCCGAAUCUCCCUGCUUUGAGGAUAUCAUGUUGCAGUUCUCGCCAGAAGAAAACAUGGCAAGAUGCUAAAGCAAAGAAGAAAACAGGGAUAACAAAGACACUGAAUAAAUUCCACAUACAUUAACUAUUUUCAAACUGCUUAUAAUGUCUUGAUAUUUAUUUGAAUUUACUGUGGAAUUAAUUGAUUGCAAACAUGUUAUUACUCAUUACCCUGAUUAUGGAGGUAGCAAGGACCUCAGAAAUAUUGUUAUAAUGUUACGACACUCGGCUUUUUCUAUUCAAUGAUUUCUGAAUAUCGGGUUCAUCUCAUGUUCAAGGUUUUCAUAUAAUAAUUCCAAUACAUGAAUUCAUGUGAACACAGUACAUUAUUAAUGCAGGAGUUCUGGUUUGAAAUGUGCAAUCAAACUGAAAUUGAUUAAAUAUUAAAUAUUUUUGUUAUGAAUUUCAUGGAGGGUAGAGACCUAUUCUCCAUCACAAAGAAUCUUCCUCCUCAUCCUACUUACUGAGUUUUAUUUGUGAAUUACUACUGGGUUGCUGGUAAAUUUAUAAAUUUCAGAUGCCACAUAUCAGUAUAUCUGCAAACAAAAUAUUGUAUUUGUACUAUAUUUAUGUACUGAUAUCUUGUUUUAUUGUUUUUCAUUCUUUUUAUCAUCGUUUAUUUUGUACAUGCAAAACAUGCACAAAAAUCCUCUUUGUCUAGAUUAAACAUAAAUGUAGCAGUAUAUAUUCCUGUAAUGGCAGAUAUUCACUUAUUUUGUCUACUGUAAACACUCAACUGGCCAAAGAAAAAUAAAAAAUUAAUAAAAUAAACAAUAAACAGUUGUGCUCUUACAACAGUCUUUACUGUUGAAAAAUUGUCAGCUGCUAAUCCUAUUUAAUAUUGUGUAAUCACAGAACUCUCAAAUGUAAAAAGAUCAUGUAAGAUUUGAGGAUUUCACAGCGGUGAGUAUGAAGAUUUCUGUCUUCUGGGUUGUUGCGCUGUGUAGUCUGGUAUAUGUUUACGAACGUAUACUGCCUCCAUCAUCAGGGCGAUACAUUACAUACUGAAACUUUGGUAAACAUCUACCAGAAUACACAGCGCAACAACCCAGAAGACAGAAAUCUUCGUAAAAAGGUUAUAUUAACAUGUUCACUUUCAGAAAAUUAAUUAAUAAAUGUGUUGAGGUGUAGUAUGUGCAGUGGAUCAUAGCAAGACUUGACUAACCUGCUGUUUUUGCUGGUGAUAACUAAAAGAAAUUGUAUUUCCUGAAUUUUGUUUUUCAAAUUACUAAUAGAAAUUCAUAUUGUAUGUAAUGAACUGUAGAGGCAUGCCACUGUUGAGAUCAUAACUUUGUUUUUGUUUUUUAAUUUAAAAUGAACUGGUAAUAGUGUGGCCUGAAAGUUCUAUGUACUUAUAUACAGUGGUAAUGGUUUUUAGAAUUGUAAUUACUUUUAUAAUAAACGAGCAUUGGGGAAUGUUUUGACCAGUAGACAGCUGUGCUGAUUAUUCCAUUCUUGCAAGCAGCAGUGUAGUAUGGUACAGUCAGUCCUCACUUUAAGGAGAUUUACAUUUCGAGCUUCGCUCAUGAGGACUUACGUGAUGUCGUGCAUAUCUUCUGCUUCGCUUGUCAUCCAAAAUUGACUGAACAGAAACGUGUAUUAACAAAAAUGCAAAUGCUGGAGUGUCGCACAGCCAGUCAGUGAAACCAGGAAAAUUACAUGAGUCAGUUUUCCUUACACCUCAUGCUCUGUGUUGGUAUGUAUCUUGUGAAGAUUUUGUUGUCUUUUAACUGUUUUGUGGUUUAUACCCCAUUGAUCCUGGCUCACAGGAAGAGAUGUAUGAACAGUUUUUCUUCAAAAAAUGUUUGUAUGCUUUUAUGAAAUGUGUAGUAAUUUACUGUGUUUCUGUAGCUUGUAUGUGUCAUAUCAGGCAAUAAAACUGUAUUGUAUUUUU